GCGGCUGAUGUGCGCGGCUCAUCGCCACCGCUCAUCUGCUUUCUGUCACUUCUUUCCGUAGCGAGCGGGGAGAGUGGAAUGGAGUUUGUGGCGUAGCCUGUGUGCUGUCCUCUCCAGAACCCCUUGCUGUCUCUGAAAUAUGCUUGGAGUUGGAUUCCAGGCGUCUCGCUCACCUGCGCCAGGCUGUGUAAGGUUCAGGACCCAAAAAAAUGGCACUCGCAGCAAUUGAUCCACAGCAGAACAUUGUAUCGAGGGUUGCCAACCUUCCUUUGGUGAGCUCCACCUAUGACAUGGUGUCCACAGCUUACAUCACCACAAAGGAUAACCAUCCUUAUCUGAAGUCAGUAUGCGAGAUAGCGGAGAAAGGAGUGAAGACGAUUACAUCAGUAGCCAUGACAAGUGCUAUGCCUAUCAUUCAGAAACUGGAACCACAAAUUGUAGUUGCCAACAACUAUGCUUGUAUAGGUCUAGACAAAAUUGAAGAGAGACUGCCUAUACUGAAUCAACCCACUGACAAGGUUGUUGCCAAUGCCAAGGAUGUAGUUGUUGGAGCUAGAGAAGCUGUAACAACUACUGUGACUGGUGCCAAGGAAACUGUUGCUUACACAAUCACUGGAGUUGUGGGCAAGACUAAAGAAGCAGUGCAAGACAGUGUAGAAAUGACCAAGUCAGUUGUCAAUGGCAGCAUUAACACUGUCCUGGGAAGUCGUGUGGUGCAGAUGGUGAGCAGUGGUGUGGACAGUGCUCUCACAAAAUCAGAGACCCUUGUAGACCAGUAUCUUCCACUUACAGAAGCAGAACUAGAGAAAGAAGCUGCAAAUGUUGAAGGCUUUGAAGUUGGAGUCCAAAAGCCAAGCUACUAUGUUAGACUAGGAUCACUGUCUUCAAAGGUCCGCACACGUGCCUACCAACAAGCCUUAAACAAAGUUAGAGAUGCUAAACAGAAAAGCCAGGAGACGAUCUCUCAGCUUCACUACACUGUUAGUCUGAUCGAGUAUGCCAGAAAGAACGUGAAUAGUGCCAAUAAGAAGCUUCUUGGUGCUCAGGAAAAGCUAUAUCAAUCCUGGGUAGAAUGGAAGAAAAAUACAGGCCAAAAUGAUGGUGAUGAUCUGCGUAGUGCUGAGCACAUUGAGUCAAGAACUCUAGCUAUUGCACGGAGCCUCACUCAGCAGCUUCAGACCACCUGCCUCACACUGGUCUCAAGCCUACAGGGGCUGCCACAGAAUGUACAGGAUCAGGUUUACAGUGUUGGGUCAAUGGCAGGUGAUGUCUACCAGAGCUUUCGGUCAGCAUCCUCCUUCCAAGAAUUAUCAGACAGCUUUAUUGCAGCUAGCAAAGGACAGCUGAAGAAAAUGAAGGAGUCUCUGGAUGAUGUGAUGGAUUAUCUUGUUAACAACACACCGCUCAACUGGCUGGUUCCAGAUUUCACUAUUACAGACCUGUCUUCAGAGUCAGAUGAUGUCCCAGACAUUUUGGAUCUGGAUGAAGAGGAUCAACAGGACUUUUCACGCACAAAUGGCCCUUACACUACAGGGCAAAGAGCUGAAUAGAGAAGCAUAAAAAUGUCUUUUUGAUACAACAUACCUUUGCCAUGAUUAAUUUAGAUUUCUCCUUUUUAAAGAUGAACCUGCCUAGUUUAGGGAUUAUGGGGAUAUUUUUUUUUUUUUAAAUCAGUACUGUUUCACAUAGCUGCAUCAAAAAUCUGGGUUUUUCAAUGUAAGGAAUGCAUGCUACAUUAAUUGGUUAGCAUGGGUGUCAGGCUCUCAUUUUACAAGCCAGGUAUAGCCUAACCAGUGUAUCCAACUAAUCUGAUUUUUGUUGAUGAUUUGUUCUCCUGCUGGUAGCAGCCAUGAGAACACCCCAGUGCUUUGCAUAAAGGGCUGCCAACAAAAGGAGUUGAUGAGGAUUUGCCCACAACAUUUCCCCUUUCAGUCUAUGGGAAAAGCAGUGCUGCAUCUACCUCUUCGCUGCUGGAAGGGGUAAGAGACUUUGUCUAAUCUCAGAUUUUCUCAGGUUCGUUUGUUAGGCUCUGCACCUACAGAGCUUAGAUGCUUAGAGCUUUCCUUUGGCAAGAGUGCUUUAUGCACAAAAAGACUUCCUUUCUUUCCACAUGCCUUCUGUGUGCAAAUAUUUUGGCCGUCAUGAUGCUAUCAGUUGUGGUGCCCGAGAAGAAAAGGGAGUAAAUGCUUCAAUAUUUAAGUGUUUUGGGUAUAAGGAUAGCAUUUAAGUAAGAAAGGGAAAGAGACUGUAAAAAGAAAGGAGAAAUAGAGAGUAAAGAGAUAAAGACUUCGGACAAAAAAAAACUUGGGAAAAAGGAAUUGAAUGUAAGGAGAGUUCUGGCGAAGGUGAUUUUUAAAAAACAUUUUAAUAAAUCUCAAUGAGUUAUUUGCUAAGGGCUGGUGAGUCUGCAUUUGCUUGCACACAGUAACUUCUCUAGGAGUUGGGGAGGGUGGGAACAGAACUGCAGGCAGACUUGUUAACAUUUCUUUGCGAGGACCAGGCCGAUCUGCUGCCGCAGAGACCUCUCCGUGUCGUCGGUGUGGCUGCAGCGCAGUCCCGGGAGCCGCGGCUGGGUCCUGUGGCUGUCAGGGCCUGGAAGUCUGGUCAUGAAAUGCCUUGGAAUAAAAGUUUCAACCGCACAGCCCGCUUGCCGGUGGGAGUUUUUCUUGUUAGUGUUUGGGGGUGUGUGUGCUAAACCAAAUGGCAGAAGGUUUUCUGUUGUCUGUUUUCGUCCGCUUGUUUACUAAGCUGGAUAAGCACCAUGCAAGACAAGUUUUCAAGCAAUUUGGACGGAGAAAACUACCAAGUCCUAGAUUUAGGAAGCGCUGCUGGAUGUGGCUAAGAGAAAUUCAGUGCUGGUAUACCUUUUGCUGAACCUGUAACAUGGAGACCUAAGGCUAUAUCCACAGCAAAAGCAAGACACAGAGUUGCAUACAAUAAACUGCUGCAAAUGCUUCAACAGAAAGACUUCCUUUUGAAAGAAUAUAGGAAAAGAGCAGGGUCUGCAUUAUGUGGACACUUAUAGUGGAAACACUUACAUCUUUGAAAAAGGAAAAGGAAGUUGUGGAUUCUGUACUUGAAGAUGUGUUAACCAUGUAUUCUAGAUGGAACUGAUGUUGUUUUGAGUGUACCAGUGUUCUUGACUUAAAAGUAAUAAAUAGGGCAUAAAUAUAACUCUUGUAAUGAAGAAUGCCAUGAGAAGAAUGAUGGGGCUUUAGAAACCAUGAAGGAUACAGCAUUAAUACUCUCAAAAAGGUAUGCCUAAUGAGAAUUUGAUAAAAAAGCAGUAGAAAAAGUAGGAGUUUGCUUAUUGAACUUGAGUAUUUUGCAUCUCUUGAGUCUCAGUGAAAUAUUUCAGAAACCCACUCCUUACAUCACAGCAACUUGUUUUAGCAAUAUAGUCCUAAAGUAACUGCUUUAUUCUCCAGCUGAUGACAGAUUGAUCAAUUGGUUGCUGCUGAAUAGGAGGAGCAGCAGUCAAAUUGGAAGGUUUUUUCCUUGCUUUUUAACUAUAUUCUAAGACAGAUAGAGGGAACAGGAACUUCUGUUUCUCAGGCUAAACGUUCUCUACAAAUUUUUUUUCAUUACUCUUCUUGAGAGUUAUAGUCACAUUUUUCUGUAGCUACUCUUCCUACAAUACCAGCAAAGGGUUAAACACAGAAGAAUGGUAUCCUAGAAAGUUUUUACCCUUUUGUCAUUUGCUUAGUCCAGGAAUACUUCAUGACCUUUUGAAUAAUGCUGUCUUUCAUAAUAUGACUCCUACAAAUGCUUCAACAUUGCCUACUAAGAGACCAAGGGAGUUAGCAAAUGCUGUCCUUUCUUAGACAUCAGUAGAUGUAGUUGCAUAUAUGUCUCAGAGGCUGUCAGAGUAGUUAACAGUUAAAUCAUAGCUUUCUUUCAGUGACUUCAUACAGCAUGGAGGUUGGUUUGCUUCUGAGGAUACAGACAGGUAGCAUCAAAAACAUUUUAAGAUUUUCCUAGCAAGUGAGGACUGUGCAGUUUUGAGAGUUAUGCAAUUGGCACAAAACUUACCAGAAGUUAUAAGGCUGAAGUUUUUGGUAGCCAGGUGAUAGUUAAAUAUCAACAAGUUUAUAUAGGAACAGACUUGUAUAUGCCAGAAAUGGUUCAGUCAAAGACUGCACAGGAAAAGAAUGUUGUCAAGUCUGCAGAAGACUUUCCAGUUCUCUUUUAUAGCAGAAUGCAGAAAACUUGUUUACAAGAGUAUUAAAAAAUCUGUUUUUCUGUGUGCUAAUCAAUAGCAGAGUUUAUUAAUUUAUUAUUUUUGGGAGGCUGAUACACAACUAGGGCUAAAGCUGCUCUAAUUGUCACACUGUUCUCCCUAUAGUAAAAAUUGCUUUCUGAUGACCGGGACGAAUUGAGGGAAAUCGUAACGGACAGAUACGGAGCACACAAUGUAUAACAGCCUUCUAAGAUUUGCAUUAAAAGUUGUUUAAUUUAUCUUUAAAAUUGUUGGAUUUUUUUGUCUAAUUACUUUCUCUCUCCAUUCUUGGGGUGCUCAUCAGUGGCGUCAUCAUCAGAAGCAUCUGAAAAUGGAGACCUGUUAGUUGAAAAUGUAACCUAUCUUUGAAAUAAGUUAAACUUAAGACGUGUCCUUUUCAUAUUAGUUGAAACUUGGACUUAGUGGAAAAGGGUUUUGGGGUGGUUUUUGGGGGGCUUUGCUUUGUUUUGUGAGGUUCUGGGGAUAUUUUUGUUUUUUGAGCAAUAUUCUUACACAUUUGAAUUAAUCUGGCAAAAUUGUAAUAGCUAACUCUCAAUAACUUCAUUAAGUUUUAGGAAAGAGCAGUAGGAAGGAGGUGCCCUUGUAUCUGACUUCCUGUAUAACAUAGAGGGUGUGACUGAUUCCCUGUUUGCUGAAGCAGUCUUUUUGAUAACUUGCAUACUUAUGUGGGAAAUAAAAAACCUGUGCCUCCAAAAAUACUAAAAAAUGGAAAGGAAGAAUUCCCCACUUCAGAAAUGGAGGAGAAUGCAGGCAAAAAUGUUAUCCAGCUGAAGUCUCCUGUGAAAAAAGACGAUCUUCUUGAGAAAGCCAGAGAUGAACUGGUAGAAGAGAUAAGAGCCCUUGAGUUAAAAGCUGGGCACGAAGGAACCUUCACCAGGAUGGAGUUCGUAAAGCAGCAGCGUAAUCAUAGGCAGUGCAUUUAUGGUUCACUUGAGCAUGUAGCAUCUUCUCCAAGCAUUGUCUGGAUUGGGAAGUUGCACUCCUUUUGGUGGAGACUGUUCCAGUCUCCUUGUUUAAAAGUGUCACUUGCCUCCUCUGGCACUGCCAAUUUAAUAUCAUCUAGCUGUGGCUUUCUAUGUACAGCCCAUCAUUUAUAUACAGAACUAUAUUUUCUUUUUCAAGCAUAUUUUAAACAGCAGAUGUUGAGUAAAUGGCAUAACCCUAGAAAAUGAAAAAAUGAAAUGUCAAAGGAGAAACAGUGAAAUCUGUUAAAUUUGCUCCUAAUCCACAUCUCAUACCACAUCCUAACCGUUGACCCAACAAAUCAAAAUUUUAUUUGGUGCUCUACAUUCCAUUGCAUUCGUGGUCUAUAUUGCCAUCAAUUCCACCUGCUGCUACCUGUUGAUAGAGGCUGUUCCCUUUUUCUAAACUUUGUUGGAGUGCAUAUUUCUUUAGCUGUAUUACCGAAUAAAUGCUUUACACUAAAGUUAUAAAAAUUAAUUGCUUGUGAUAGUGUUAAUGCUACUUGAUUUUAACAACUGACAUGCAUUCAUUAUGUUGUAGUAAUAAUACAGGAAAUAGAGCCUGUGGUAAGGUGAGAAAGUACAACUUGAGAUUCCAAGAGGUAAACUUCUUGUAAAAGUACUGACUCCUAGCCUAAUAUGUUUAGAGGCAUUGUUUAAUAAAGUUGUUACUCUGUUCUGGA